AUGACUUUAUGGACGCUGAUCAAGAUUGUUGUUCUGCUUGUGAAUGCUAUUGCGGUGUUGAAUGAAGAACGAUUCCUGAGGAGAAUCGGAUUUGGUUACAGACCUGAAGUGGUAGCUGAAGAGAGCUUGAAAGCACGAACUAUUAAUUUACUACAUGCCGUCAGAACGCUAUUGAGAAUUCCAUUGAUAUUUAUUAAUGCAUUUGUAAUUGUAAUUUUGCUCUUGGUUGGAUAA